UCAAAGGUGGAAACCUAACCUAAGAUAUAAAUAUUUAUAAUUGAUUAAAUUUUGAAAGGAAAUUUACUUUAAAUUAGUAGAAUUGCUUAGAAAGCAUAAUGUCAAAUAAGUGCCUACAAAGAAAUAAGCAUGUUAAAAGUAUUAUACUCCAAAAUAAAUUUAUUUAUAUUCAGCUGAUGUUUGUGAAUAGUAUGUGGUGUUUGUUAACAAACAAAUUGUAUUUUAAAUUACUAAAAAGAAUUUUCGCAUCGUAAAGACGUCUACAGUUUCUUUUGAUUUUGUGAAUUGAAAUUUACACAUAGGUAUUCUUAAAACUUGCAAAUGCGCCAGUCCACAUAUGCGGUCGAUCUUCGAUCGAUAUGAAGAUCCGUAUCAGAGUCACCGUUUCGACGAGAUGCUUAUGGCUUGCGCUUCAGUUCAGGUGGUAAGUGGAGAUGAUUUCCCUUCUUUGAUAUGCGAAAUAUGUGUGGAACAAUUGGUAAAAGCUUAUUUUUUCAAAAAACAAGUGGAACAAGUAGAUGAUGAUUUAAAAAAGCACGCAAAAUUUUUGGAAGAACUAGAAAACUUCCAAUUUACAGAUUCAUUUGAUAUUUUUGAUGCUUUAUUAAAUGAAGCAGCUACAAAUGAUGCAAUCACUGGGGAAGCUAUACCUCAUGAAGAACUUGGAAUUGACUUUGAUCUGCAAAGUAUAAACAUCAAUGAAAUACUCUCUGAGUUUGAGAAAUUUGAUAAAACCUUUUCUACAGUGGAGAAUCAACAAUUCGUCAAAGCUCUUCACACACGAGAAAUAUUUCAAAAUGAUCAAUGUGAUGAAGAAUUUACAAGUAUUGAAGAACCACAACGCCAUGAACAAUCCCACACAAUUGUUUAUGUUUGCAAAAUUUGCAGACAAACUUUGGAAAGAAAGGAACAUUUGAAAUUUCACAUGCUAACACAUUUAACAGAGGGAAUGUUCUCAGAAGUAAGGGAUUGCUUUGAACUGCAACAAGUAGAGGUUACUGCAAUAAUAGGAAGUGAUAAAGAAAAGGCCGCAAGUGAAAUUUCCAGUCGAAAAGAAAGUAUUCACAAUGAUGGAUUUAUUGAGGGUGGAGAUAUUGUGAAUAAUAGCGAUAAAGUUGUAGAAUGUAAUAAAAAUAGAAAAGAUAUUGAGAAUGGAGAAGAAGAAAAUAAUGAAGAUGGUACUGGAGUUGAUUUGUAUCAAGGCCAAAAAAGUGUUGAAGAAGAACAAGCUUUAAUUAACGAAGAUGUGCAUACUGAAAAUAAUGUAGUUGAUGAUAUACGGGAAAAUCAAAAAAAUGUUGAACUUGAAGAAAAAUUGUCAAUUAACGAAGAUGAGUAUAUUGAGAAUAAUGAGGUUGAUGAUGUGUGGGAACGCCAAAUGAGUAUUGAAAUUGAAGAAGACAAAUUGUCAAUUGACGAAGAAGAGUAUAUUGAAAAUAUUAAAAUUGAAGUUGAAGGUUGUGGCUCAGAGAAUAACUGUGAUUCUGAUAAAGAAAAUAAUGAUUUGGAUUAUCUUCAUCAAAAAAAGGCAUCGCCACUUGUCAAACAUCAAAGAGAAAAUGUUGACUCUCAUCCUAAACCAAUCAAUAUAAAUGUAGGAGCAAGUAAAAGUCAUGAAACGGUAAAAAGAGAAGUGACAAAAAAAAAUACAAGAAAUAGAACUUUUCCAUGUCCGGUUUGCAAUGAAAUGUUUAAUGCCAUGGCUAAAUUGGACCGUCAUGUAAAAAUUAGUCACAAAGGAACCAAGAUAUACAAAUGUAAUUCAUGCAAUAAAGAGUUCUCCAGAUCUGAUCACCUAAACAGACACACUGUUACGCAUUCAACUACUAAACCGUUCCAUUGUACCAUGUGUCUCAAAAAUUUUAGCAGGAGCGAUUCUUUUAAACUACAUCAGAAGCAGCAUGAGCUAUGUAAUGAAUGUUGUAAAAUAUGCAAAGGAACUUUCUUGUCUAAAUCUCUAUUGAUUGAACAUAUGAAAACCCACCAAGAUCAUUCCAAGAACUUCCUGUGUUUUGUAUGUGGAAAAACAUUUUCCAGAAAAGAUAAUUUGCAUACACACUUGAAACGUCAUAGAGGAGAGAAAACAUUUAAAUGUGAAUAUUGUAAAAAAGGUUUCAUAAGAUUAAGUGAACUGAAUAUUCAUAAAAAAUACCAUACUGGCGAAAAGAACUAUUUAUGUCCAUUUUGUGGUAGAGGAUUCGUAAGACUGUAUAAUCUUACUGUUCAUAUGAGAACACAUAUUGAUGAAGAAUCAUACCAGUGUAAUGCUGCCAUCGCUCAGAGUAAGGAUCUUAAGAAUCACAAACUACUCCACAGCCACGAGAGAUACAAAUGUAAAUUAUGUACUGAAGGUUUCAACAAGGCUAUAUUGUUGACACGACAUGUGAGAACUGUACAUGCUCAGUUGCAAUCAAAAUCGGGUUAAUGCAGCAAGAGGAAACUGUUUGUGGUAUCACAUUUUUGUAGUUCAAUUUUUUACUUUUAGGAAUUUUGUGUUGUUCACUAUUGAUUUGUUAAAUUUGUUCAGAUUUGCAAUAAAAGAAUAUCUUCUUUGAAAA